UUUGAUAGACAAAUGAAGUGUGUGAUAAGGCGACUGAAUAUAAAGGAAACAGCUCCCGCAUAAAUUACGAAUUUGAUCAAGAAAACCAUGAGGGUCCUGAUCGUUGUCCUUUGCUUUGCGGCAGUCACUCAGGCCACUUCAUGGGCCAACUUGAGGCCCCUGCACCGCGUUAUGCAUGUCAAGCGAGGUGUUCCUCAAUACGAUAGGCGCAUUAUUGGAGGCGAGAAUGCUGUUGAGGGGCAGUUCAAAUACCAGGUCGCAAUUCAGAUCGAAGGCUCUGGAUUCUGCGGUGGAUCUCUGAUUUACGAAAAUUACGUUCUCACUGCUGGCCACUGCGUUAAAGGCGCAAAUCUUUGGACUGUCACUGGAGGAGCACUCAAUUUUUUAAACCUGAACGAACCUGGCCGCGUCACCGUCGGCACUCAAAACGCCACUCUCCAUGAAAACUACAACGGACUUGUGAUUAACAAUGAUAUCGCCGUCAUCAGAUUGCCGGCAGGAUUCACUGGACCCAACAUUGCCCCUGUCCGCCUCCCGUCUGCCUCAACCGCCAGUGAUGAUUUGGUUGGCCAGACCGCACGUGUUUCUGGCUGGGGAAAAUCCUCUGACGCAUCCAUAACCAUCAACCCUGACCUCAAAUUUGUCGACCUGACGGUCAUCACCAACGAAGAAUGUGAAACCUACUACGGAUCAUUGGUCAUCAACGCAAACAAGCUCUGCGUUGGAACCAAUGGAGGCAUCGUUUCCACAUGCAAUGGAGACUCUGGCGGACCCCUUGUCAUCACUGAAAGCGAUGGCGAGCCCACAGAGGUCGGCAUUGUGUCCUUCGGCUCCUCCCUUGGCUGCGAGUCAGGCUAUCCCGCUGCCUUCACCAGAGUCGCCAAUUACAUUGAUUGGAUAGCAACUAACACUGGAUAUCCUGUUAGGCCCUAAAUAAGAUUAUUCCAAAUUCAAAUAAUCAUUACUAUAGCAUUUGAUUGGAACUUAACAA